ACUUCCGCCCCGCAGUGUUGCUCGGCGGCCGCCCUACUUCCGCCCCGCAGGGAGAUGAGCUGGCGGCGGGGGGAGCACUUCCGGGGCAGGGGGCGGCCCGCGGCGGAGAUGGAGAGAAUGAAACUGCCCCCCCGGGGGCCCAUGGAGCUGCCCCUCUCCAUGCUGGAAGUGGGCUGCGCCGGACGCUUCGAACUCAUCACCCGCCCGGAGGGGCCCGAUGGGGACACGUUCCCCCUCUCCACGCUGCCCCACGGGCUGCCCCCCUCCGCCAUGGCGCUGGCCUCGGAGCUGGAGCGGCGCGUCCUGGCCAGCCCCGAAUGGCUGCCCCUCCACCUCUUCGACAGGGCCCCCAGGGUCUGGCUGCGGGAGAAGGACGUCUGGUCGCUGCUGGAGACGGACCCCACCCCCGUGCACUCCACGCUGCAGACAGAGCGGGACCCCACCACGGGCCGGAUCCUGGCCUUCAGAGAGGUGAGCGCGCCGGCCCGGACGCCGGG